AUGAACAUAUAUCAACAAUACCUGGCACCGAAUGCAGUAGAACCAAUAAAUAUUGAUAGUAGGAUUGCUGAUCUAGUUCGACGUCAUAUUGACGAUGAAUUGAAUACAACACCGAAUCGAUAUUGUUUUGAAGCUGCUGAAGAGCAUAUUUUUCAUUUAAUGAAAUCAGACUCAUAUUGUCGUUUUCUACGAUCUGAUGUCUAUCGUGAAUUAUUUCGUGGUGGUAAGAAAAAAUCUAAAAAACAACGUAGUGUAAUAAAUACGAGUACUUGUUCAGCACCUGGUGGGGGUGGUGCAAUUCAGAUUGCUGCAUCAGUCAAUUUUACUGGGAUCGAGUAA